GACAUAGAUACACUCACGCCCUUUGUUAGUUUGCCAGUUCCAUUCAUUAGUGUUAGAAGUAAGCCGUCAAUGCUCUGCAUCUUCUCUUUGAAGCCAAAAUAAUGAAAAAGUAAACCAGCCCCAUCAUCAAGAAGAGAAAACAGAGAAAGCAAGCAAUAAAGGAAGGAAGAUUCAGAAGCAAGAAUCCCACCAAAAAAAUUUUAAGUCUUCUGUUCUUUCUUUCUCUUUGGUCUUUUGCUUCUUUUUCAAGCCAAAUCUUUGUUUGCUUUUUAUAUAUAAUGUGUAUGUAAUCUUUAUAUGCUGAUUGUUUCGCCAUUAAAAUCUUUCACGGUUUUGUCCCACGAGAAACUGGUAGUCUUCUCUCACGAAAAUCGACCUUCUCCAACCCAAAAGCGUUCUCUUUUUGUUCUUAUAUAAACCCCUUUCUUUUUGUUUUUUGUUUUGUUUUUUUCUAUCAAUGGGUAAACAAGGAAGGAGAAGAAUGGGUUCUUAUGCUCUGUUUUUGAUUGCUCUCUUUCUAUGUAAAUUCUUGGCUGUUGCAAUUUUGGACCCACUUGAUUUUUUAGCUUUACAGUCCAUUAGGAAGUCUCUGCAUGAUUUGCCUGGCUCUAAUUUUUUUGCUUCAUGGGAUUUUACCUCCGAUCCUUGUAACUUCGCCGGAGUUUACUGUGAUUCCGAUAAAGUGAUAGCUCUUAAUCUGGGUGACCCGCGUGCUGGUUCUCCGGGUUUAACUGGAAGAAUAGACCCUGCCAUUGGCAAACUAUCUGCUCUUGCAGAGUUAUCUAUAGUUCCGGGUCGGAUCUAUGGUUCGUUGCCGCAGUCAGUCUCACAGUUAAAGGACCUUCGGUUUUUAGCGAUCAGCCGGAAUUUUAUCUCCGGGGAUAUUCCGGCGACUCUUGGCCAAUUGAGAAGUCUUAAGACGCUUGAUCUUAGCUACAAUCAGCUCACCGGAGAAAUCCCUCGCUCCAUCGGAACCUUGCCGGAGCUCACCAACGUUAUUCUCUGCCACAACCAUCUCUCCGGUUCGGUCCCUCCGUUUCUCUCCCAAGUCCUAACCCGGGUGGACCUCAAACACAAUGCACUCACUGGCUCGCUCGCUCCGGACUCCCUCCCUCCUUCGCUCCAGUCCCUCUCUCUCGCCUGGAACCAGUUGACUGGGCCGGUUGACAGGCUUCUAUCCCGGCUCGACCAGUUAAACUACCUAGACUUGAGUUUGAACCAGUUCACCGGUCCCAUCCCCAGCCAGCUGUUCUCAUUCCCCAUUACGAACCUCCAGUUGGAAAGAAACUUGUUUACCGGUUCAGUCCAACCAGCUGAUCAAGUGACAAUCUCGACCAUUGAUCUAAGUCACAACAGGCUGUGGGGUCAGAUAUCACCAAUGUUGUCAACCGUACAGAAUCUUUACCUGAAUAACAACCGUUUCAACGGUCAGGUCCCGGCCAGCUUCGUGGACCGGCUAUUAUCCGGCAGCAUACAAAUACUAUAUUUGCAGCAUAACUAUUUGACAGGGAUCGAGAUUAAACCGACGGCCGAGAUCCCUGUAAGCAGUUCGCUGUGUCUACAGUAUAAUUGCAUGGUGCCGCCCGUACAGACGCCGUGCCCAUUGAAGGCCGGCAAUGAGAAGACUAGGCCUACUGCCCAGUGCAACGAAUGGAAAGGGUAGAUUGGUAACUUUCACGAACUUGUGAGGGGCAGAAGAAAAGAUUAUACAAGAGAUAGAAAAACUGGAAUUUUUGGAUUCAUUGAUUUAUUAUUGUGGUUCAUAUAAUUUGUGUUGUGGCCUUUUGAUACUUUAAAAAGUGUAAUUGUCAUUGCCUGCCUUAAUAUGUUCUUAAAUGUAAUGAGACAUAAUAUUAAAUUAAUGCUCUCAAUUAUGAAUUCUUGGGAUGAUUGUAAAUAAAACUAUGUUUCAUUUCGUUA